UCAUGUAAAGUUGAUUUGAUUUGGUGUGUUAUAUUGCUUAAUGUAGAAGGGAAGAUGGGGACGAGGGAGGUUUAUGAAGAGAAGUUGAGAUCAGGCAACCUCCACCAUGAUCCUACAAUGAAUCCUGGCCUCGGAUCACCUCGAUGCCCUCGCUGCCUGUCUCUCAUAAACUCCAAUCCUGAAAAAAACGAAUGGACCAUCACUCCUGUGUUGCACGAUGCCACUGCAUUUGCUGGUACUGGAAUUGGUGGAUUGCUCAGUUCGGUUAAUGGUUUCAAUACUGGGUUCCCCUACGUUCAGAAACAUGUAAAAGGACCAAAGUGGCUUCCAUUUCUUGUUGGACUCCCACCAUUGCUAAUGUUUUCAGCUGCAAGUGCUGCAUUUGGAGGAUAUGCACUUCCUUGGUUUUCUCAAUUGACUGUAACAUCGUAUUAUGGUGCUUCGAGUGCCUCUCAAUAUGCGAUCUCCUUACUCACAAGACGGGUCGAAGAGGCUCACUCUUCUUCCCAUAUCCAACUGAUGAAUGAUUCAAAACCUGUAACUUCAUAACAAUCUGUACAAGUGUUUUUAUAUCAACGAAUUAAAAGGUUGAGUAUAUUGAUAGGGAUUCUAUUAUGAAUAAUAUUCUUUUGAAGAAUGAAUGCUCCAUAUAUACACUUAGUCUUUCUUGUUCUUCA